CCCAGCUCCCUGCACCAAGCAGGAAAGACAACCGGGGUCAAGUGACCCCAGCAAGGCUACAAACAAGCUUGGAAUAAUGCACCAACGGUCUGCUCGCAUCAGGGGACAUCUUGCAGUGAUACUGUCUGUAAUGCUGAAGUACACUAGGGAGUGGUGCUUGUGUAUGCAGCUGAUUGAUUAUACAGGCAUAGAGCCUACUAGUCCCUGCAACAAAUGCUUAAAUGUAUCCUGGAAUAGCACACCAUCAUGUACUUGCACCAUUAACUUUACACUAGAUCAUCCAUUUGAGAGUAAUGUGUUCAUGUAUUACGGACUGUCCAACUUCUAUCAGAACCAUCGUCGUUAUGUGAAAUCUCGAGAUGACAGCCAACUAAAUGGAGAUAAUAGUUCCUUACUUAAUCCCAGUAAAGAGUGUGAGCCUUACCGCAUGAGUGAGGACAAGCCCAUUGCUCCAUGUGGAGCUAUAGCCAACAGUAUGUUUAAUGAUACAUUGGUAUUGUAUCGCAUUGAUAAUGAAACAAGGGUUCCUAUUCAUUUGAAUAAAAAAGGUAUUGCUUGGUGGACAGACAAAAAUGUUAAAUUCAGGAAUCCUUCAGGAGAUGCAAAUAACUUGACUGCACUUUUCCAAGGCACAACAAAGCCUGUAAACUGGCCCAAGCCAGUAUAUAUGUUGGAUUCAGACCCAGACAACAAUGGGUUCAUCAAUGAAGACUUCAUUGUAUGGAUGCGUACUGCAGCACUUCCUACAUUUCGUAAACUGUAUCGUCUUAUAGAAAGGAAAAAUAAUUUGCAGCCGACCUUAGAGGCUGGACAGUACUCCUUGGACAUCACGUAUAAUUAUCCUGUACACAGUUUCGAUGGACGAAAAAGGAUGAUCCUGAGCACUAUCUCAUGGAUGGGAGGCAAAAAUCCAUUUCUGGGGAUUGCUUACAUCACAGUUGGGUCCAUAUGCUUCUUUUUAGGAGUUGUGCUGCUAAUCAUACAUCACAAGUUUGGAAAUCGAAAUACUAGUGCAGACAUUCCCAAUUAAUCUUGCAUUCUGAAAACAAAUGUGCUGCAUGUGCAUCAAGGCCAGUCCAGAGUGAACCUAGUUUCUGAAAGUUAAAUUGCCGGUUAUGUCACUUCUGAAACUAGGUGCAUAACUCUUCUCUAAAGCCUUUGAUCCUCUCUGUGGAUUGAUUUUUUGACAAUGACGGGUAUAUAAUUAGCUGUAUUGAUUGUAUCUAUGCUAACUGCUGAAAUGUUUUUCUAAUGUUUGCCUCUUUAUGGCCAGGCCAUAUGAUACAUAUAGCCCCUCAGUGCAUCUGCUGCUUGUUUCUGUGCUAUGAAAUAUAUCAUAUGAUGCAGUAUGCUGUGUGAAGGAAGACUGUUAGGAUAGAGUCUAAAUCUUAAUCUUUCAGGAUUCAGGGUGUCAAUGCUGUCACAAGAAUGAAACAGGUCUCUAGUAUUUCCUCAGUUUACUGUGUUGUCUGCAUGGGCUUUUAUGUUUCUUGCUGAGAUGUUUAAUAUAUUAAACAUGUUGUAAAAAAAAUUCCUGUGUCAAGCCCAAGUCUGUUACCUGUUAGGUCUUCAUAAAAUGCUGUCUAAAUCUGCAGCAUUACUUACAGAUAUGUAAAGCAAAUGUGCCUAAUGCAUUGAACAAGCAUUCCCUUAAAAUUCAAGGGAUCUAACCCAUUGACUGUAGGAGUGAAUGUCCAAGUCUGGUUUCAACUUGGAAUGACUUGUAUGGAUAGAAACUGGCUUUACUUUUUAAUUAUUUACUCUGGUUCAAGUCCUACCUAGAAGCAGUUUGUCCUUCCUGCUUGUUCCUCAUAAGCAGCUUAAAAGGCAUUAAUCAGAGAACUAAAACGUUCUAUUAGCAAGCAAGCGAGUUAGAUAACUUUUGCCAGUGCAGGAGCUUCCUUAGUCUGUUCUAAUGAAAACCAAAGCUUAGAUGUUCGGAGCAGGCUUUGUGAAAAAUGAAGUACAGCUCCCUCAUAUGGAAGAAACUAAGAGUCAGAAACUUGUUCUUGAAGUUGUACUCAGAUACAAAAGUAAGUAAUAGUUCUUGAUGUGAAUCCUUUUAACAUAGAGCUUACCAUAAAAGUACUUUAAACAUUGCUGUUACAGGUCAAAAGUGUGGGCUAUUCUCCCAUCAAAAACAUUUACUUGUUAAUUUAAUUGAAAGUUAGUUAUAAACUAACCUAUUAUUACAUUCUGGUGACUUUUAGGUGAUGUACAUAAAUUGUAAUGUAUAUGGUGGAGGUUUACUUUAUAUGCAACUGGAUUGAUAAAAUAUUUGAAUAUUCAGUAUUGAAUAAAUGCUGCAGACUGUUUAUUAUUUUGUCAUUUAACUUGAGCUUACUUUCAUGUGGAUAAAAUUGUGUUGUAUUUUAAUAAGCAGUAUGCAGUGUGAAUGCAAUUCAGCUCAUUUUAAUUUUCAAAAUUAGAUGCUCAUGACAAAGCUGUUCAUAUUCUGAUAACCUGUAGUCAACUUCUAAAUCAUACUGUAUUAAUGUAUCAAUUCUUUGACCACUUUUACUGAGUUUUUUUGUGUAGUGUUUAAAGUUGAUGGGAGUUUCAGGCUAGUGUGAAAUGGGCAAGAGUUGAGGCAAUGAUUUAGUAACUUUGUUCACUUCUAACAUACAAAUUCACAUAAAUAACAUUAUGUAGUUAUUGGCUGACUGUACCUUAGUAUGUGACCGUUCUGCACAUGGUAUUUUGAUUUCCAAGGAACAGUUUAUAAUUUGGAUGUUAAAGUUGCAUGAGUGUCAUUGGAAUCGCGAAAAUCGGAACAUUCAGCUUUGACUGUUCAUAGAGAAUCUGUACACAAGGCAUUAAGUGAAAUUGGCUCUAAUCUAUAAAAUAGUUGCAAAGUCAUAGUUUAUUGAACUAAUAAAGGCACUUCACAAUAACUGGUUAUUCAAGUACUUUUUAAUUUUAAACUUUGUGUUUGAUUGGUAAUCGUCAGCUUAAUAAAAGUAAACUGAAUAUA